CUCUUCCCUUUCUCUCUGUAUUGAAUUCACCUGACCUUAAACACAGCAUUAUGCUUUUUCUUUCGUAAGCGAAGCAAAAAGAGAUCUUUAGGUUCAGUUUCUGCUGCGGAAAAAUUCCAUAUUCAUACAUAAGAGAAACUGAGAAGAAGCAACCUGGAAUCAUCCUCUUUCUUUGACCUGGCUUUAUAAAAGUCGCAAAAGGCUGGCGAUUUAGUGUUCUUCUAUAACUCUUUGGUUUCUGGGCUUGCCUUAACGUUGGUCAUGACUAGUAGAAAUUUGCAGUAGUUAUCAGAGCCGAGAUAUAUAUGUCGGUGUUGCUGUUCGAAACCUUAAUUUUGGACUAAACUUUGACGGUGAUAAUACGUGCGGAGGGAGAAGAUGGAGGAAUUUUGGAGAGUCUUUUGUGAAGAAUCAAGUUGUUCAGAAAGAGGGGGAAUACAUUGCAGUUAUGAUUUUGAACUUCUCAAAGAUCCUUCAACGUGCAUGAACCAUUUGAUGGUCAUCUGCCUCAAUGUGUUACUGCUGAUUUUGCUUUUAUUAACGGUAACACUUAAGUCCUCAACCAAGACAUUUCAUGGUUCUGUCCAAGCACAAAGGUUCUCAAGUUUGCAGGUAGCUUCUGCAAUAGUGAGUGGCUGUCUUGGGUUAAUUCAUUUGUGCUUAGGCAUUUGGAUCUUAGAGGAGAAAUUGAGGAAAACUCACACUGCUUUUCCUAGCCAUUGGUGGAUUCUAGAGAUUUCUCAAGGGAUCACAUGGUUGUGUGUGGGUUUGACAAUAAGUCUCAAGCUGACCAAACUUUCAAAACUAUGGUCAAGACUAGUAUCUAUUCUGCUCCUCUUAAUUUCUGGUAUUUUUUGUGUUAUUUCCAUUUGCUUUGUCAUUGGUGGAAGAGAAGUGUCCCUAAAGAUAGCUUUAGAUGUUUUACCGGUUCCUGGAGCAAUUUUGUUGGUCAUAUGCUCAUAUAAGGGACGUCCGUUUGUUGAGAGAAAUAUCGAUGGAAGCCUUUAUGCUCCUUUAAAUGGUGAGUCCACUGACAUUGAUAAAACUAGUUCUGCCGACCAUGUAACCCCAUUUGCAAAAGCUGGAUUCUUUAGCAAAAUGUCAUUUUGGUGGUUGAAUCCACUGAUGAAAAUGGGCAAGGAGAAAGCUAUCCAGGAGGAAGAUAUCCCGAAGUUGCGAGAGGAAGAUCAAGCUGAAAGCUGUUAUUUGGUGUUUCUUGAUCAGUUGAAUAGGCAAAAACAGAAAGAACCAUCUUCACAAUCAUCCAUUUUCUGGACAAUAAUUCUGUGCCACUGGAAAGAUAUCUUCAUAUCUGGAAUUUUUGCAUUGCUUAAGGUACUCACUAUCUCAGCUGGUCCACUGCUUCUAAAUUCCUUUAUAUUGGUUGCUGAGGGUAAAGAAAGUUUCAAAUAUGAAGGAUACAUACUGGCCAUAACGCUUUUCUUCACAAAGAUCUUAGAAUCAGUAUCACAAAGGCAGUGGUACUUCCGAAGCAGGCUCAUUGGUUUACGAGUUAGAUCACUGCUUAGUGCAGCCAUUUAUAAAAAGCAAUUGAGGCUAUGUAAUGCUUCAAGGCUGAUGCACUCAGGUGGGGAGAUUAUGAACUAUGUAACCGUAGAUGCUUAUAGAAUUGGAGAAUUUCCCUUUUGGUUUCACCAGACUUGGACAACAAGUGUUCAAUUAUGUAUUGCAAUAGUAAUUCUUUUUAAUGCUGUGGGGCUAGCAACCAUUGCUUCUUUGGUGGUCAUAGUUCUCACUGUUCUUUGCAAUACUCCACUAGCAAAGCUACAACAUACGUUUCAGACCAAACUUAUGGUGGCACAAGACGAGAGAUUGAAGGCUAGUUCUGAGGCUCUUGUGAAUAUGAAAGUACUGAAGCUCUAUGCAUGGGAAACCCACUUUAAGAAAGCUAUUGAAAGCUUGAGGAAAGUUGAGCUCAAGUUUUUAACUUCUGUGCAGUUAAGAAGGGCAUACAACACCUUUCUCUUUUGGUCUUCACCUGUUUUGGUCUCUGCUGCUACUUUUGGGGCAUGUUACUUCCUAAAAGUUCCUUUACAUGCGAAUAACGUCUUCACUUUUGUUGCAACUCUACGCCUUGUUCAAGAUCCGAUCAGAACAAUCCCCGAUGUUAUUGGGGUGGUCAUUCAAGCUAAAGUAGCAUUUGCUCGGAUUGUGAAAUUCCUCGAGGCACCAGAAUUGCAGAGCGCAAAUGCCAGAAAGAAGAGCUUAAAUGGCUGUCUUAAUGGCUCUAUUCGCAUCAAUUCUGCGAACUUCUCAUGGGAAGAUAAUGAUUCAAAGCCCACCUUGAGAAACAUAAAUCUUGAUGUUAAACCUGGGCAAAAGGUGGCUAUUUGUGGAGAAGUUGGCUCUGGCAAGUCAACCUUAUUGGCUUCAAUUCUUGGAGAAGUUCCCAAAACUCAUGGAACUAUUGAAGUCCAUGGGAAGUUUGCUUAUGUUUCUCAAACAGCAUGGAUUCAAACAGGCACAAUAAGGGAUAAUAUAUUGUUUGGCUCAGCCAUGGAUGCUCAAAGGUAUCAAGAAACGCUUGAGAGGUCAUCAUUAGUGAAAGAUCUUGCCUUGUUUCCAUAUGGUGAUCUCACAGAAAUAGGGGAGAGAGGUGUGAACCUUAGUGGAGGUCAAAAACAACGAAUUCAACUCGCUCGCGCUCUUUAUCAGAAUGCCGAUAUAUAUCUGUUGGAUGAUCCAUUCAGUGCUGUUGAUGCACAUACAGCCUCAAAUUUGUUUAGUGAAUAUGUCAUGGAAGCACUUAGAGAAAAGACUGUCAUGCUUGUGACUCAUCAAGUUGACUUCCUUCCAGCAUUUGAUUCUAUUUUGCUCAUGUGUGAUGGGGAAAUUCUAGAAGCUUCCUCUUAUCAGUAUCUUCUAUCUUCAAGCCAAGAUUUUCAAAACCUUGUUAAUGCUCACAAGGAAACUGCUGGUUCUGAAAGGCUUCCUGAUGUUACUUCUCAUACACAUGCAAAUCCCACCAAGGAGAUUAUCAAGUCAUAUUCAGAGAAGCAGUUUAAGGAUACAAAAGGUGACCAAUUGAUUAAGCAAGAAGAAAGAGAAAUUGGAGACACAGGGCUAAAGCCUUACUUGCAAUAUCUGAAUCAAAACAAGGGUUAUUUGUACUUCUCUAUUUCUGCACUUAUGCACCUUGCAUUUGUGAUUGGUCAAGUACUACAGAACUCAUGGAUGGCUGCUAAUGUUGACAAUCCUCACGUUAGCACGUUGAAAUUGAUAGCGGUCUACUUGUUCAUUGGAGUUGUUUCAACCCUUUUCUUGCUAGUUAGAACUCUGGGGAUUGUUGCUUUAGGCAUUCAAUCGUCAAAGUCUUUGUUUUCACAGCUGCUGGACUCACUUAUCCAUGCGCCUAUGUCAUUUUACGACUCCACACCUUUGGGAAGGAUACUUAGUAGGGUCUCAUCCGAUUUGAGCAUCGUCGAUCUUGAUGUUCCAUUCAACCUCAUGUUUGCCGUUGGAGCCACCACAAAUUGUUAUGCUAACCUUGUUGUUCUGGCGGUUGUUACCUGGCAAGUCUUGUUUGUCUCUAUACCAAUGGUUUAUGUAGCAAUUUGUCUGCAGAGAUACUACUUUGCCUCUGCAAAAGAGUUGAUGCGAUUGAAUGGCACAACAAAGUCCUAUGUAGCCAAUCAUCUGGCAGAAUCUGUUGCUGGUGCUAUGACAAUAAGGGCUUUUGAGGAGGAAGAUCGUUUCUUCGCCAAGAAUCUUCAUUUAAUCGAUGUCAAUGCCUCCCCUUUCUUCCAUAACUUUACAGCAAAUGAGUGGUUGAUUCAACGGUUGGAAACAGUUAGUGCUUGUGUUCUUGUCGCCGCAGCACUUUGCAUGGUACUACUUCCACCUGGGACUUUCUCCUCUGGAUUUAUUGGCAUGGCCAUUUCUUAUGGGCUUUCAUUAAAUGCAUCCCUUGUGUUCUCAAUUCAGAACCAAUGCACAACAGCAAACUAUAUAAUAUCAGUAGAAAGGUUGAAUCAAUACAUGCAUUUACCAAGUGAAGCUCCAGAAGUCAUAGAAGAAAAUCGUCCUCCUGCAAAUUGGCCUGUGGUUGGAAAAGUAGAAAUAAAUAAUCUGCAGAUAAGGUAUAGGCCUGAUACACCUCUUGUACUGCGAGGAAUCUCAUGCACAUUUGAAGGAGGGCACAAGAUUGGCAUUGUUGGGAGGACAGGUAGUGGAAAGUCCACUCUCAUAGGCGCUUUGUUUCGCCUCGUGGAGCCAGCUGGUGGAAAGAUCAUUGUCGAUAGCAUAGACAUUUGUAGUAUUGGCCUCCAUGAUUUGAGAUCGCGUUUCGGUGUCAUACCUCAGGAUCCUACUCUUUUUAAUGGCACAGUUAGAUAUAACUUGGACCCUUUGUCUCAACACUCUGAUCAAGAGAUAUGGGAGGUUCUUGGAAAAUGUCAAUUGCGAGAGGCAGUUCAAGAGAAAGAAGGCGGCUUAGACUCUUCAGUUGUGGAAGAUGGAUCAAACUGGAGCAUGGGACAGAGGCAGCUAUUCUGCUUGGGACGAGCUCUUCUAAGGAGAAGUCGGAUUUUGGUGCUCGAUGAAGCAACUGCAUCAAUCGAUAAUGCCACCGAUUUGAUUCUGCAGAAAACUAUAAGGAGUGAGUUUGCAGAUUGCACUGUGAUCACAGUAGCUCACAGGAUACCAACAGUGAUGGAUUGCACUAAAGUUCUUUCCAUAAGCGAUGGAAAGUUGGUGGAAUAUGAUGAGCCAAUGAAGUUGAUGAAGAGGGAAGAUUCUUUGUUUGGGCAGCUUGUGAAGGAAUAUUGGUCUCAUCUUCAUUCUGCAGAAUCAUGUUGAUCUAUUAAACCAAAAGCCAUGUCUGAUAAGCAGCUUAUCAGGGAGUGGUAAUGGAAUGAAAUAAUGGGGAAUUAGUUUCAGUAGCAAAUGCGAUAUUAACUUUUGCCAUUUAAUGAUUAGAUAAGAGUAAAUUUUCAACAUCAAUCCAUUAAUGUCUUGAUACAGUUUCAUGGAUAUAAAGUAUCAAAAAAUUAAAGUGCCUGUUUGCUUACUGGAAA